UCGUUGACGGUAUUGAGGUUUUCACUCACAGAGUGGAGGAAAAGCGGUAAAUUAUUCCGCUGGCUUUCAAUGAAUUUAAGCCCCUUUCUCCUCAGUACUUUGGGUAGUUAGUGAAGAUAUUUUGAAGUGAUUUGUAGCCCUUGUGGGGUGACAGUAUGGCGUCGAGUGCCAGGAGUUCGAUGAUGGGUAUUAAAGUGGAAAAUGGGAAGAAUGGAGGAGAGCCGAUGGAAGUCCAAGACAAAGCUCAACACGUGCAAGGAGCUGACCAAAACGACAGUGAUGAGGAAUACCAUGAACCCGGCAUGAGAGUUGGCUCCGAGUACCAAGCGGUCAUCCCCGACUUGGCUUCGGAUGACCAAGAUGAAAAUUCAAAGCACAAUGCCUUGUUGGUAUGGGCACCGGCCAAGGAUAUCCCAGAUUCAAAAUUGGAAGAAUAUUUACGAACAGCUAAAGAUAAACAUGGCUACAAUGUUGAACAGGCCCUUGGUAUGCUUUUUUGGCAUAAACACAACGUGGAUAAAUCUUUAAAUGAUUUGUCCAAUUUCACACCAUUUCCUGAUGAGUGGAGUAUGGAGGAUAAAGUGCUUUUUGAGCAAGCGUUUGGGUCGCAUGGAAAAAGCUUCAAGAGAAUUCAGCAGAUGUUGCCAGAUAAAGCUGUCAGCAGCUUGGUCAAGUAUUAUUAUUCUUGGAAGAAGACUAGAAGUAGGACAAGUCUGAUUGAUCGUCAGGCAAGGCGGUUGGCAGUAAAAGAGUACAUGGAACCAAAUAGUGAUAACAGCGACACCAGUGACAGUGACUUUGACCCUGAUAAAGAGCAAAGUCAAGCCAAUGGACAAAUUAAGCCCAAAACACCAACCAAACAACCAGUUAACCAGCCACUACUGUUGGCAAGCACUUGUUGCAAUAUCCAUUGUGGUGCUCAAAGUCAGCACAUUCAAAGCACUCCCAAAGGCAAUCUAUGUACUGCUUGUUAUCAUUACUGGAAGCGCACAGGAGCAAUGAGACAGCCAAGGAUGGGUGGAAGGGAUGAGAGAACUGGGCCAAGAGGAAAUAAACUCAAGAGAAAACCACCAAAAGGCAUGAAUCUGUCACAUGACAGUCUGAUGUCUAUUUCCUACACUCAUGGCGACGCCCAUAUUAAGCCACUAGACAAUGAGAUUGACAACCUGAAACGUCAGAUUCAGGCCAACAAGCAGAUUAUAAGCCUAAAUAAAUAUCAGAUGGAAGUGGGCAUAGAUGACUUUAGAUUGGGGGACUUAAACAAUAAAAACAAUGCCAGAUGGACUGAUAAGGAGCUUUUGUUAGCUGUUCAAUCUGUGAGAAAAUAUGGUAAAGAUUUCCAAGCAAUGGCAGAGGUUGUCGGCAAUAAAACUAUCAGUCAGUGUCGUAACUUUUUUGUCAAUUAUCGUCGCCGAUACAACUUGCAAGAAGUUUUGGAAGAAUAUGAAGCAGAACAAGGGAUUACGAGUAGUGACAAAAAAGAUAGUGAAAUGAUUUCUUCUCAUAUGACUGGUUCGCCUGGUUUGACUUCAUCUCCUGGACCUCAAACUUCAUCCCCCCCUAUUAGCUCUCAAGGUAUUCCUUGCCAGCCUCCUCCUUUACUGAAGCCUUCAGGAGCACAGCCACAACGUUCCCAACCACCCCCGCUACAGUCUCAAUCAGUAUCUCGCGUAAGUCAGUCUGGAUCUCCACUUCAAGGCCCUCCACCCCUUAUCAAACCAGCUGGCCGACCUUCUAUGCAAUCACAGGAGUUUGGUAGAGCAAUGGCUCCUUAAUGUGCAAGACAUGGAGGUACUAGGAUAUAAAUAUACAGAUUUUCUUGCCAUCAUCACUUAUCAAGUGGUAUUUAUUACCUUGGAUUCAUAAAAUUCUUUGAUUCUUUAAACCACAGCAAGAAAUCUAGUGUCAUGUUAAGAUAGAAUACUAGACACAAUACUUCUUUAUUCUUAAAUUAGGCAUACAAUCUUUGAAAUCAAUUGUAAGGGUAUGGACUGAUCCUGGUGACGGCAUUCAGCAUCAUACCUUAUCCAUCCCUGAAAGGAGAAGGGUUGUUUAUUAUUGCACCUUGGAGUAUUUUCUAUGUUUCUGCAACCCACACUGCUUCAGAACUGGCAUAUUUUUGGUUUCUGUAAAUUGUGGAAGUUUGUAUAAAAACCCUCUAAGACUAUUUCCAUAUUCAGUGAUCUUUCCCAUGAAGUUUGAGGCUCAAAAAAAUUGAUCACAAUGUUAAAAGGUAGCUUUAAGAAAUGUUUUCAUGGUUACAUUCUACAACGUGAUGUCAAUAAGAUCUGAGCAAACAAGACUAUAGCCUCCUAAAGUACUUUUAAUGCUAAUUUUGAAUGUGCUAUGAGGACUACACCAGGAAAUAAAGUUGAAACUCUGAUUUUCAGUAACAUAUUAAGAGGCCAACCUCUAUUUAGUUGCCAGUUUUGAAAGCACCAAUGAAGUUUUCCCCUUUAAAAUUUAAGGGCAUAACUUGAGAAUUCCCUAAUGGUGGCCUCGUAAUAAACUAUUGGGUGUAAUAUAAAUGACCCUGGAGAGGUAAUGAAUGGCUGCAGGCAGUCUUAACCUGAAUCCUCCUUUACUCAAUGGUUAACAUUGGGUUGCAUUUUUGUUUAGGACUUGUUUGGUAUAGACCUGUUUAUCUUGGCCAUAAUGUUUUCCCAUUUAAGACCAUGUGUUAUUCUCUUAUGAUUCUCUGAUUGAGUUGUAUCUAAAUGGAUUAAAUGUCUUCUCACGUGCUACUGUUAAGCAAAGAAAUAAUACUCUAGGGAAUGGCACAUGGUCUGAACUGGGAAAACAUUACACACAAUAGCAAGGUAAAGAGGUCUGUUGAAUUAUUCCUAGACAGCAUUCUUUGAUAUGAUUUGAUUCAACAAAACUAUAAGAAUGAGAAGUUUAACAUCUGAACCCACUCACUCUACCUUUUGCAACUCUGCUCUGCUCUGCUCUGGGCUACAAUGGUUGAUGGGUGCAAAAAUUUGCCAAAAAUGCCUCAGUCACCUGUCAUCAGAAAAUUAAAACUUCUCACAGCAUGUUUCAGCAUACUCUAUGCAGUAAUCUGCUAGAGUAAUAGUCUAUACCAAAUACCGAUGACUAUUGGACAAUCAAUGGAUCAGCAAUGAUUGAUUAGCUGCUGUGACCUGCUGUGCAUAAAUUUGGAGAGAGUAUGCCAAUGAACUUAGCAACCAAUAACCAUAUGAUCAACCAUGGCAAGUUAAUAGACCCUUGCAGCACUUCAGAAUGCAGCUCAAUUUAGGGGGCUAAAUAAUAGGUAUAGAGAUCGAACUUCCCUUAUCUUGUGCUCCAAAUUGAGCUGCAUUGAUGUCACAUGCAAGGGGUCUAUUGUUCCAUCUAUUUGUAAUCAGCAGCCCAGAGUGAUAAUUCUGAUCAAUAAGCACAAAGCUCAUAAUGAUUUUUAAAACUUUGCUUCCAAUUGUGAAAAUAUUUCGCAUAGGUUUUAUAUAUGUAUAAAAUUAAUACUAGGUAGUUUGGUUGGGAUCAGAGUUUUCCUGUCAAACUACUUUAAAAUCUGAUUGUAUGAUCCUUGUUCUUUGGACCAGGAUUUCGUUUUUUUAUAAACAAAGUUAAUUUAUCUCCCUUUCAAGUUAUGCACGUAUAUCCCAUGUUAUUGAUGUUUCAGUAGUUAUGUGUUUAAUCAUUUAAUCAUAUUUAAGUCAAAAAUAUUCCAAUGUGCACUUAUUUAGUAUGGGAGGGCUAGCACCACUCACCCCACCCUCCAUUCCCCCAAAUAGAGUUUCUACAGCAUUUU